GGUUACGUUUUCCCGAAAGCCGGGAAAGGGUUUUCACCAUGAUUACCUAUAAUGAAAUGUACUCAGAACCUGCGCCCACAGCCUCCAUUUCUAAAUCUGGGUACCUGAGGCAGCCGACCUGCAAAAAGGCGUGCGUGUGGAGCUGGGGGGCGCACGGGCGGUCAGCGGGCCGCAGGGAUCCCUGGGCUCGGUCGGCCCCGGCAGGGAGCGCAGCGCCGCGGCUCGGCGCCCCCGGGCGGCCUGGACGCGGUGCAGGGACGCGCAGGGCCAGCGAGGGGAGCUGCAGGGUAACUUUUCCCAGGGAAAGCGGCCGGUCGUCCCCGCUAGAAGCCUCCCUGCCUUUUGUUUGUUUUUCUGCCGGAGGCUGGAGAGCGGCCGGGUUCCUGCUGCUCCACCAUGCGCUGCGCGGCCCGUGCGACUCGCCGGACCUCCCGGGCAUCCCUGCACGGACCGCUCGGCCCGUCCUAGCAGGGAUCGCCCCCAUCCCCAGUCCUCCUGCGGGCCGCUGCGCCCCAGUCGCCGAGGAGCUGCGCUCACCGCAGGGGCGGGCCCCCGCCUGGGUUCGCGGCGCCAGUGUAAUAUGACCUGUGCUAAAGUGCUGAUAACGAGUGGCUGCCCUCGUCGUUACUGUGGAAGAUAAUGUCCCAGAGCCCAAGG